AUGUGCUGGGGGCAGCAGCUUCAUUGGGGCGGCACGAUGGUGCUUCUGUGCGCAGGAGCUGCUGGGCGUGUGGUGCUGCACAUGACAGAUGCGUUGGGGGCGUUGGUGAACCAGGGACGAGGGGAUGAGGGGGACAGGGGCGUGCUGUGCCAAAUGCUGGCCACCGCACCGCCCUCCUGCACUGGAUCUCUUGGGAGCCACGUGCUGUCAAUUCAAGGUGCGUCAGCACGCGUGGGGAGACUCACCUCGUGCUUGGCCGUGGCGUGUGUGUGUGUGGGGUGGAACACUCACACACGUGUGCAUGCUGGUUCGCUGUGGCACACCUACAGAAGUGGUUGGGGUGCGCAUCAUGAGUGCAUUGAAGGGCGGCUGCCAUUGCAAGAGCAGGUGCGUGUGGUGCUUCACCACGUUUACUUGCGCCACUGCACCACGUGGAUGGGUGCAUAG